AUGGCUCAAAAUUUUUUCAAGUUGGCGAUUUUGGUGGUAGCUUUGGAUAUUUUUGUGGCUCAAGAUACGGAUUGGAAGUCCGCGGUGUUUCCCGUCGCGAAAACAAAUGGAAGCGGUGAAAAUGUCAAUUUAAAGUGAGUUUACUUAAAAGCUAAAACUUCUGAGUGGCUUAGAAAAUCUAAUUCAAUUUUCAACAAAAUCCAAAGCUCAAAUCUAGGGUAAUUCCCCUGUAAAUACAACUCGUUCUAAAAUUUCUUAUCGAUUUUUUAUUAUAAUUAUUUUUUCAGCUACCAAUACCUUCAAAAGUACGCUGUUCCCGGCUCCCCAGUCCUACUACACUUGGCUCUUGGCGCCAUCGAUUCGGUCGUCAAGAAUCAAGCCUUUCUGUCGGACUUGGCGCAGCAUUUUAACGCCACAGUCAUCGUCAUCAGGCAUCGGGAUUACCAAGAUAUUCAGUACUUUUUGCCGUCACAGGCUUUCCAAGAUUUCAAUGUUCUUUAUGCGGAGUUGACGGAAAACAAGCAGAAUCCAGCACAUUUCAACGCCUCUCAGCCGGUUGUUUUGUCCGGCUUUGGAUACAGUGGGUUGCUGGCAUUGUGGUGGUAUAAGGAGCAUAAUUAUGAUGGGAGAUUUAAAAGGUGAGGGAUUCAUGUUUGGCCGAAAGUAUCUUUUUUAUUUACAGGGGAAGUACUCCAAGUGCGACGCUCAGAUUUUCUUUAAAUUUUGCACACCCGUCGGGUAUGGACUAAAUAUCAAUUCCUAAAAAUUUUAGCUCGCGCUUUGCGGGCGCCGCCGAGAUAUCGAACGAUUUUUGCUGCCGAGAGAGCACGCUAAACGUGGAGAGCGGUCAGAGAGAAAAGCGCUUUUCGGCCAUAACUUUGGCAGUUUCGUGCGGAAAAAUUUUAUUUUUUGUAGAAACAUUAUUCUUUACGGUAGAAAUAGGCAUGAAAAUUUUCGUGCCGAAAUUUGGCAAAAAGUCCUAACUUUUCGCCGACUUUCGAUCUAAAAAUCUCGGUUGUUUCUGCAAAGCGCGAGCUAAGAUUCUCGCAUAUGCCUUAGAAAAAAUUAUUCUAAAUUUGUGCCAAGCUUCAUCAAAAUCUGAGCGUCGCACUUGGAGUACUUCCCCUGUUAGUCAAAAAAAAAUUUUUUUACAAUUAGUCAAAAAAGUAAAAUAUUUUUUGAAAAUGACAAAUUAGCGAUCUAGAGGAACCAAAUAAUUAGUCCUUUCUCUGAUACUCUCCUUUCUCUGAUCCUCAUUUUUCAGCGCGCUAAUCUCGGAUGCCCCUGUAAAUCUCUUCAAAGGCUUUGGUCUGUCCCUCGGUGACCUGGAUCAUCAUCUCAAAGAGAUUUACGAAAAAGCAGACUGUGAUAUGGACCUUCUAAAUACUGCUGUGAAUGCGUUAAAAGCCGAGAAUUUGACAGUCUUCAAGGAUAUGGGCCAUAUUUUGGGCCUACAAGGAGUUGAUGUGGUAAAAGCCGAUGAAAUGACCGGUGAAAUUGUCAAAUUGGAGUAUUUCAUUCAUGACGCAUUUGUCAAAUUGGCUGCUGAUGAGCAAGAUUUUGCGGAGCAAAGGGGUGACCAGAAUUUUGCAGCCAAGCCUGUUGAGGUAAAAAAAAUUUUAGUUUCAUAAAUUUGUGGACAGUCAUCUCUUUUUGAAAAAAGUGUUUUUCAAUAAAUUUCCCAUACUUCUCCUUCUUUUUUUUAUUUUCCAUCUUUUUAGUCUUACUGCGACUCCCUCAAUACUACUGCUGACACAGACCUGGCUUCCAAAUUAGCACCAAUCAAGCUUUUACUCAAGGUGUUGGGAAAGGAUCGCUAUGGAUUCGAAUAUUUGGACGAUGACCAUCUCAUCGACUUGUUUUGUAAUCAAUUACCGCCCUAUUCGUGUCCUCAAGGACCACCAAACGACUUCUUCGCCAAGAAAUGCGGAAAUGAAGAGGAAUGGAAAAGUUAUUGGGAAGAUGUUUGCAGUCGGUACAAGAAGACGAACGUUGUGGAUCCGGAUUAUGUCGCGAAACAUUACAAGUAUAAUUAUGGCAAGUCUCUGUGUGGUUUUUCAAUCCCUUCAAAAAAAUUUUUUUGUAGGCCACAAAUCAUUGAUUGAGUACGGAAAGGUCCGCUAAAAAAAAGAAAAGAGGAGGGCGGGGGGAAGGGUGGGGGAGGUUUCCGAUGGCGCUGAUUUCGAAAAUCAUAUCAAUUUUUUUUUUGAAUUUUACAAUUUUGCUUAAGCAGUAGUGUCAUUUUCGCUGUAAAGACGAAAAAAACGUCAUAAGUUUUCUUACAAUAUCAUACAAGUUUGACCAAGUUUUUACCAAUUAAAACAUUUAUUUUAAAGAAUUGGGAAGAUAGGCAAAAAUUCUGAAGAAAUGGAUACAAUUUUUAAAAUCAGCACCACCGAAAACCCCUAAACCCAUUAAUAAAAAAAAAUUUUUUUAAUUACUAAUUAACACUACUGCUUAAGCGAAAUUGUAAAAUUAAGAAAAAAUGGAUACGAUAUUCGAAAUCAGCACCAUUAAAAACCUCCCCCCUCCCCGCCCUCCACUUUCCUUUUUUUAGCGGACCUUUCCGCGGCGGACCUUUCCGUCCUUCGUGCAAAUCAUUCGAAAUUUUAGCCAUUUGAUGUUAUUUUUUGAAAGCAGCACGCAAAACGAAAAACGUUUUUUUUCAAUAGCUUUUUGAGAAACUCUCCCCCAAAAAAGUGUUUUCUUGCCAAAAAAAUCUUAGUGACGACACUUCAGACGACCUCAAGAACACCGUCUUUGUCUACGGAAACGACGAUGUCUGGUCAGUUGCCCGACCCAAAACCAACGCUCCAGUCUACACAGUCCCACAACUGGGCCGGGCUCGCAUUUUCGACCAACCCAAUACUUGCGAUUCCAAUGCCCUAAAGCAAUUCAGAUUCCAACUGAUCAACGCGUUGGAAUGUCAUCUAGACCUUCAGGAUGAUGAAGACAUCUGUGGUAAAUUGAAAGGAAACCUCCCGGAAUAUAAACAGUCAGAUGCGGAGAAGUGCGAGCCGGAGUUGUUGGCCUAUCCGUGGGGACAGGUCUUGGAUGCGGAUGGGGGAAAAGGCAACGAAACGGAUAAACACGCGGCCGGAAUUUUCGUAUCAAUAUUUGUGAUUGUUGCAUGCAUUUUUAUGAUAUUUUCGGAGUAA